GGCCGCCACAUGAGACGCAAGAUCCAAAAUUUUGCCAUGAUGAAUUGAGCAGGCGACCAUCAUUGCAGCUAGUACACCAUGCUGACAGCAUCGACGAAGAUGCUCAGAUCGAGCAGAUUGAGCCAUGGCGCCAACAGGAGCCUGGCCUCGCAACUACCGAGAGUCGGCGCAGUACGAUGGCAAUCGUCAGAAGGCAAGGUGUCCGGGCCUGUGAUCGGCAUCGAUCUCGGCACGACGAACUCUUGCUUGGCCCUGAUGGAAGGCAAGACCGCCAAGGUGAUAGAGAAUGCCGAAGGAGGUCGCACGACGCCGUCCGUGGUAGCUUUCACAAAGGAUGGCCAACGAUUGGUCGGUCUGCCUGCUAAGCGACAAGCCGUCGUCAAUGCAGACAACACAUUAUUUGCGACAAAGCGACUGAUCGGACGAAAGUUCUCUGAUCCCGAGACUCAGAAUGACAUCAAGAACGUACCCUACAAGAUCGUCAAGCAUGCCAACGGCGACGCCUGGCUCGAGGCGAGGGGGCAAAGCAUGUCUCCUUCACAAGUCGGCGCUGCUAUCGUUCAAAAGCUCAAAGAAACCGCCGAGGGCUACCUCAGCCGACCUGUCAAGCACGCGGUCAUCACCGUGCCUGCCUACUUCAAUGACGCCCAGCGACAGGCUACCAAGGAUGCUGGUACCAUUGCCGGCCUCGAUGUCCGUCGAGUCAUCAACGAGCCCACCGCUGCUGCGCUCGCCUACGGUGUCGAUCGCGUUGACUCUCGCGUCAUCGCAGUCUACGAUCUCGGCGGUGGUACAUUCGAUGUCUCCGUCCUCGAGAUGUCAAAGGGUGUCUUCGAGGUCAAAUCGACCAAUGGUGAUACCCAUCUCGGUGGCGAGGACUUCGACAUCACUCUUGUCGAGUACGUCGUCAAGGAGUUCCAGAAGGAGAGCGGGAUGGACAUCUCAAAGGAUAGGAUGGCCAUUCAGCGUAUCCGCGAGGCAGCAGAGAAGGCAAAGAUUGAGCUUUCCUCGACUGCUUCGACAGACAUCAACCUGCCCUUCAUCACUGCCGACGCUUCUGGACCCAAGCACAUCAACAUGCAGCUCUCGCGAAGCAAGCUCGAGCAGCUCACUUCUGGUUUGAUCUCGAAGACUGUCGAUCCCUGCAAGAAGGCGCUCUCCGAUGCUGGCGUCAAGGCGUCAGAGAUUGAGGAUGUCAUUCUCGUGGGUGGUAUGACCCGUAUGCCCCGCGUCGUCGAGACUGUGAAAUCCGUCUUUGGACGUGAGCCGUCAAAGGGCGUCAACCCAGACGAGGCAGUAGCGAUAGGUGCUGCAAUUCAGGGCGGUGUCCUGGCAGGAUCAGUCACCGAUGUGCUUUUGCUCGAUGUCACGCCACUCUCGCUAGGUAUCGAGACACUGGGUGGUGUCUUCACCGCGCUCAUCACACGUAACACGACCGUGCCUACAAAGAAGUCUCAAGUCUUUUCGACUGCCGCAGAUGGCCAGACUGCUGUCGAGAUCAAGGUCUUUCAGGGUGAACGUCAGCUCGUCCGCGACAACAAGCUGCUGGGCAACUUCUCCCUACAGGGCAUUCCACCCGCGCCAAAGGGUAUCCCACAGAUCGAGGUCACCUUUGAUAUUGACGCAGACGGUAUCGUCAAUGUCAGCUCCCGCGACAAGGCGACUGGCAAGGAACAGUCUAUCGUCAUCGCCGGUACUUCCGGCCUGAGCGACAAGGAGAUCGAGAAGAUGGUCUCGGAUGCAGAGCAAUACGCAGAGACGGACAAGGAGCGCAAGAACGUCAUCGAGGCGUCCAAUCAGGCCGAUUCCGUCUGCGCAGACACAGAAAAGGCGAUGAGCGAGUUCAAGGAUCAGCUGCCGGCAGAGGAGAAGACCAAGCUCGAGGAACAUAUCAAGGAGCUCCGCGAACUUGCUGUCAAGGGACAGUCUGCGGAUCCUUCGAUCAAGUCAGAAGAUAUCAAGAACAAGAUUGGCGUGACUCAGCAAGCCAGCUUGGGUCUAUUCGCAAAGGUUUAUGAGAAGCGAUCGCAAGAUCAGGCUGCCAAAGAGGGCUCCAGCUCGAGCGAGUCGACUGCCAACCCAACAGACUCGUCGUCCAGCGAGGGAGGCGAGAAGAAGAACUAGAAAACUGGACGAGCUUGCUCUUGCUUCUGCGGGAUGCGAGCCCGAACCACCCUUAUGUUGAAUCAAAGCAAGCCUGUACUACUUCUACUCCCCUCGCAUCGACGUGGCCUACCCCGACAAGGCAGCUUGUAUCCCUAGACGCUCCACUCAUAUCGAAAUCUGUGCUGAGCACCUAGUCAUGUCAGUAGAUGCAUGUCUAGUGCAAUCUUCGCGUAAAGGUAUAACAAGUCACAACAACAGUCUUGAGCGCACUUAUGCGAGGAGAGAUGUACAUCUCGUCAUACGAGGCGCCACGACCAUGGCUCGGCGUUCCGAGUGA